CGUUUAUCUCUUCUUCCACUGCCUCCCCACCACUUCGUCCUCGCCGGCUCGCAACUCCUUGAUGGCGGCCACGGCGAGUCUCACUACCACUGCUCCCUCCCCUCCAGCUCUCCUCAAAGCAUCAGCUCCUUUGCUUAUCUCCUUUCGCCCCGUCUCCCGCCACUGCAAGAACCUGUGCAUCAAGACCAAGGCCACAGAAAAUGAUCAGUCUGCUAAAAAGCAUCAGAAGGUGAAGAGCAUUCUUUGCCAGGACUGCGAAGGAAAUGGGGCAAUCGUAUGCACCAAAUGUGAAGGAAAUGGGGUAAAUUCUGUUGACUAUUUUGAAGGCCGAUUUAAAGCUGGAUCUUUAUGCUGGUUGUGCAGAGGCAAGCGUGAAAUCCUAUGUGGGAACUGUAAUGGUGCUGGCUUCUUGGGUGGAUUUCUAAGCACUUUCGAUGAAACUGCGCAAUAGUCAUCGGUUUAGCACUUUCGAUGAAACUGCGCAAUAGUCAUCGGUUUAAUUUAUGUUUAAGUUACAUUGAGGGACCCAUAAUAUAUGUAUCGUGUUCCAUGGACACAUAAUCAUAUUAUAUAAAAUAAUAUUUUUAAUGAA